CUUUCUUAUUGGCAAAUAUUUACCGUUUUCUUGUUUUCCUUCAUUUUCCCGUUUUUUUGGUCAGGAAAAUGGAAAAACGCAGGAAAAGUUGCAGCGCAGCGAAGCGAGAAUCCAAAUCAGAAGGAGUGGAAGCGUCUGGAUCCAAGCAAUUGCCGUUGAAGACAGAAUACACUUGUUCGAUUUGCAACUGGAAGUUCGAUGUUCACAAUGAUCUCUUGAAGCACUUCCUGAAGCACGGCAACAACGAGAUUGAUUUUCGAGGAUUGCCCAAGAGUAAGCUAAAGAUGGAGAAGAAGAGGAUAAAUCCGGCGGCCAGGACGACUAUGAUUCAGUGCGAGUGGUGCACGGACAAAUUCGCGGACAUCUCGAGGGCCAUUCAGCACAAGCAUCGCAAGCAUCCGGAUGCCAAGACGACGUACUAUUGUGAGUUCUGUGGCAAGCUAUUUCCGCUGCGGAUCUCGCUGAUUCAGCACCAGCUCUCGUGCGACAAGAGUAAUGGGCAGGUGGAGAGCACGCCAGCACCUAUGUUCCAAUGCAAAAUCUGCGAAGCCAAAUUCAUUUCGAUGGCCGCAAAGAUGUCCCACGAGCGGAACACCCACUUCGCCUCUAUUCCCACCACCAUUGUGCCGCCACCCUCGAAGAAGAUCCGGCUCAUCAACAGUGGCGAAUGGUGUUCGCUGUACUAUUGCCACCUCUGUGGCUCCGAGUAUGCGAUGAAGCACAACUUGAGGAAACACCUGGAAAACCACCACAGUGAGACAGAGAGGACAAAGUUCCCGAGCGAAGGUAUCAUUAAGUGCAAACUCUGCGAUGCAAUCUUUCACACCAAGAAUGCCUAUGAAGUCCACAAUCUUCAUCACACGAAAGAUGACAUCACUGUGCGCUCUGAGGAAGAGAGACUACGAAGAGUGGGCAAGGUGGAUCAGGACGCGGAUAUGCACAGCAUCCAGAUUCCGCCCACGAUCAAGCUAACAUCAAAAGGGAAAGUUCCCGACAAGUAUCGUCAUUUCAUGCCAGCAGUCCAAGUGAACCUUACACCCAUAUCAACCAAAAACUCAUCACCUGAGAGAAGCAGGAACAAGUAAUCCAAGCUGAGAGACUGUAGAUUUAUUACUUCAUUAUUAAAUUUACUGUUUUAUCUAAUUGUAAAUCUAAAAGGAAAGCGCGGGCCUUAUAUUUGAAUUUGUCCGCUAAGGGGCGCUGCCGGGAGGUGGUGAAAAUAAAUUCAGAGGUGAAUUUUAAAGGCAA